CCCUCUGCGCUCCCUCUGCUUCUCUCUUGCUUCUUCUGAACUCUCUGUUUUUCUCUGUUUUACUCUGUUUCGCCUCCAUUUUCAGCCAUGGCUUCUUCUUUGGAUUGCCUCCUUUUCGAUUUGGAUGACACUCUGUACUCUUUCAGCACUGGAAUUGCAGCUGCUUGCAAGAAAAACAUCGAAGAUUUUCUCAUCGAGAAAUUUGGAUUCCCGAAAACCCAAGCUCCGAUUCUCCGGACAGAGCUUUUUAAAACAUACGGCAGCACUCUGGCUGGUUUGCGAGCAUUGGGAUAUGACAUUCAUGCCGAUGAUUACCAUGAUUUCGUGCACGGGAGGCUGCCGUACGACCGGAUAAAACAGGACUUUCAGCUCCGGCGUCUCUUGCUGACCAUUCCGCAAAGAAAAAUUAUAUUCACGAAUUCCGACAUGAAGCAUGCGACCGAAGUGCUCGGUCGAUUGGGCUUAGAGGGUUGUUUCGAGAAGAUCAUAUGUUUCGAGACCAUGAAUCCAAAUCUUCCGACGGCGACUCGGCCGAACGAGUUUCCGGUCGUUCUCAAGCCGUCGAUGGACGCCAUGAGAAUCGCACUAGACGCCGCCGACAUUGACCCCUGUCGUACGCUGUUUCUCGACGACAGCGUCCGCAACAUCGCCGCCGGAAAAGCCAUCGGCCUCCGUACCGUUCUGGUGGGAAAAUCAUCCAAGAGCAAGGAGGCGGAUUAUGCAGUGGAGACGGUGCAUAAUUUGGCACAAGUAGUUCCAGAGAUACGGGUGACUAUAGAAUCAAACAAUGGCAAUGAAAUGAUGAAUCGGAGUCGGAGCGAAGUUGAUUUGGUUCUCAUGGCAACAACUGUCGGUGCUUAGAUUAUGUAGUUGAUAUUACGCAAUAAUGGUGUUAGGUGGGACCCCGUUUUGUACAUAGGUGGCCCUUUCUAAUUAAAUGCAUCUCGAUAGUCUUGUAACCUAUCAAGCGCCCUAAAAUUAUUCCUCGUUGUAAUAGUUAGGUGUAUUAAUAAAUAAAUGAAAAUGUAUUUUUA